CAUGUAUUAAAAAUUUUGUGUGUUAUGUUUUAAAUAGCUGUACAAAAAUCUAUGUUUAAAGGGAGUUUGUUUCUACUGUACCCCCAUUAAACUUGUGGCGUGUGUGCACAGAAGAGUCACUUACCAAAGUAAGGAUAAAUGAAAUUAAUAAUAAGAAACCUCUUAUUAUUAAAUAAAGGCAGUCUUUCCUGGAAGGGUAUGUACAUCUGAAAUGUAAACUUGGACACUAUGCCUAGUGGAAGACGCAAUGCUGCUAGUAGAAAUGGUCAAACUAAAUCUCAGACUGGCUUUUCUGGAAGUACAAAUACAGCUAUAAGAAGUAAUAGUGGAGAAAGAAUAGCUGGAAGCGGUGGGGAUGAUAAAAAGUCAGAGGACUUUUGUGGGAUAAAAACAUUAGUACCAAAACAUGUACCUAUACCAAUUGUACCUGUCGAUGGUCAUUUAACAUUUGAAACAUUAUCUUUAAUUGUGUCAAUUAUUGCAGCUUCAUUACAAAUGCUUAAUUUAUAUAGAACCGUCUGGUGGUUACCUCAUUCUUAUAACAAUUAUAGUAUGAAUUUUUAUUUAAUAGAUCCUUAUUUACUUAUAUUUAUCGUGACUAUGAUAGCAAGACAAUUUAUUUAUUCCCUAUUACGCCAAUUUAUUGACAUCUCAUCACCAGUUCAUUGGUUGUCUGCAGCUCAAAAAAUUAUGAGGAUAAUUCUUUUAAUUAUUGUGAUGAGUAUAUUGUGCUGGUGUCUGUAUCAUAUGGCUGAAAGACAUAAUUCUAUGAAAAUUUUUUACCUGUGUUAUCCAAGUUUAUCUGUGUAUUUUGUAAUGUUCGGUAUGAGUGUAGCCCCUUUCUUUGAUAUAUCAACAGCAACUUUAUCUAGUAAAGAUGACAAAAAAACAAAAUAUCUGUUAGAUAAACCAUUACACAAUUGCUCAUUAAAUGCAUCUGCGAUCAGAGCAGAAGUUUCAACUUUGAGGUCUGAUUUCAAUCGCCGUCUGAAACGAGCUUUAUUUGCAUCCUCUAGUAGUGCUUAUAUAUGUGGUAUUGCGCCUAUCAUAUUUGUACCUCAACAUUUACAUUUUAAUGUUUCAUGGGUUGUGCAACAUGUCAUUAUGUUUUGGAUCGGAAUGUGUUUCUAUAAAACUGAUGAAUACCCUUUAUUUAGGUACUGUGAUGUAUUACACAGAGCAGCGUUGCAUCUAGGCCGAUGGGUUAAAAUUGAGAAUCGUAACAAUCAUACAUACGCGCAAACAUGGAACGAUUCAGUCUUGUGGCCUCAUGGUUCAAUAGUGAGACACAAUAAGGAAACUUAUCGUUCAGAGGGUUUGUGUACAGUGGCAGAACCUGGGAAUUCAAAUCACUACAGAUUUUAUGCUUUAUUCAACAAUCCCACAAUGCUACUCUGUUCAUUGUUGGGGCUACAGUUGCUACUUGUUGGUGCACAAUUGUUUAUUUUACUACGUUCAAAUGAUUGGUAUCAAGUGUUAUCGAUAACAUUACUUCUUCUCAUCAACUACUACCCUUUAUUUAAAAUAACUAGAGAUUACCUUAUUUGUUGGAAAGUGUAUCAUGCUGAGCAAAUAAUACAAGAAAAGUCACAAAUGUGUUCGAACCCUGUUGUUCAAUAAAUAAGUGAAAAAGAAA